GUUAUUAGUCGACUCUUGUAUUUGUAGGAUGACAGCCUACUUUAACAAGACUGGGUGGCCGGAAAAAGGUCCCAAGAGUGAAGAAGACAGAAAGGAAUUUAUAGCUUCACUUCAUAAGCGAAAGACAGAGUUGUUCAUGGCCCUUAUUGAGAAGAAAUUGUUACCUCUUCGACCAGGCGUUGCAAAGCUGAUUGAUCAGGCUCUCGGAAAAGGAGUAAAAGUUGCUGUCUGCAGCACUUCCAAUGAGAAGGCGGUCUCCGCGAUAGUUUCUUUUCUGCUGGGGGCUGAACGAGCAGAAAAGAUCAAGAUAUUUGCAGGAGAUGUUGUUCCACGCAAAAAGCCUGAUCCGGCCAUUUAUACAUUAGCAGCCAACACUCUGGGUGUUGAUCCUUCAAGCUGUGUAGUGGUGGAGGACAGUGCAAUAGGUCUUGCAGCUGCCAAAGCUGCUGGAAUGAAGUGUAUAGUAACAAAGAGCGGUUACACAGCUGACGAGGACUUCUUAAAUGCCGACGCGGUCUUUGAUUGCAUUGGGGAUCCUCCAGAGGAGUGUUUCGACUUGGCCUUCUGUGGAAGUCUUCUUGAAAAGCAGUAUGUCAGCUAGCUCAUAUUAUUUUCAUAAUCACCAUUCCUCGUAUAUAUUUUUUUAAUCUGUAAUAAACUUUAUCCAUGAUUAAUUAAGACCUUUUAUGCCUCAA